AAGCAGAGUCCGAAGGCUGCUGCUGCUGCUCGGCUCCUCGCAGUUCUUCUCGGUCCUUCGUGGAGGACUCUGAGCUGCUGCUGCUGCUGCUGCUGCGACAACAUCUCCCCCCCAUACCCUCCCCUUUUCUCUCUGCCUUUAUUGAAGAUGACAUAGCCCCGAAAAGAAAAGAAAAGGAAAGAGAAGGAAAGAAAGGGAAAGGCCUCUGCUGACCAGGGAUCAGCUGAAGUAUUAACAGAGACACUCCUACCUCGAUUGCUUCAUCAGCGCUGCUCUCUUCAGAUGGGAGGUCACAACCUGCUGAUUCACUUCACCCAAAUGCACCAUCUGCAUUCCACCCUCGUGUAAAGAUGGCUGCCCGUGGCUUUUUUCUGCACCUGAACACCCCGGAGCAGGGCUGCGCGCUAACAUGGUGAUCAUUUUCUCAAAAACACUGGAAAAGAAGAAGGGUGUCAAUGAUGUAACGUCCAAGAGCUCCGACAGACAGCUGAGUGAUCUCCACACAAUGAGCAGAGGGACCACCCUCUUCUCCUGUGGAACAGUGGAGGCAGAUAGAUGGUUGGACUUGGGACGAAGCUGUGCCAUGCAGCAGAAAGCUCGAGAUUCCAGCUUGGAGAGCUUGUGGGAUGUGGUGCCUGAACCCGGAGGCCUGCACUGGGCCAAAGAAGCAGGGAGCGCCACAGCUAUCACCAGUCUGAUCAGAGAUCUCACUCUGGGUAACAGUGGCAUGAACUGCGCCCAUGGGACGCCCAACCCGACACAUUUCACAACCGCCACCCAAGCUCCCGCAGCUCCUCCGAGCAAACGGCAGUGUCGCUCCCUGUCCUUCUCAGAUGAGUUCAGCGGGUUCCGCUCGUCUUGGAGGCCCCAGGGCUCCCGAGUGUGGACGUCGGUGGAGAAACGCAGGUACCAUAGCGGGGGGAGUGUCCGAGGAGGAGCCGGCCAUUUCCCCCCCAUGCAGCGCAGCUCCAGCUUCAGUUUGCCCUCGUGCUCUAGCGCGCCCCCAGAUGGAACCUGGGACCCGCCGCUCUUCAACCAGCAGCUGCCUCUUCACCUUCAGUUCACUGCCUCCUCGGUGUCCCCUAACUCUGUUUUCUCACACCACUCCCAUAGUCAGGUCCUCCUCAGGCCUCUAUCCCUUUCCCACGAGCAGAUCAGUCUGACAGAGCUCCAGCGAGAAGAGGCCUCCGAGGCCAGCUCUCCGGACUCCACCCCGGAGCUGGGAAGGAGAGCUGCUGGGAAGGGGAGUCUGUCUCGGAGCAGGUCCCAGCCCUGUGUGCUGAACGACAAAAAGAUCGCUAUGAAGCGCAGGAGGCCCGAGGAUGCCCAGGAGCAGCGUCCCUCCCUGGAUUUGGCAAAGAUGACUCAGAAGCUUCAAACGUUUCAAAGCUUAAGCUGGCCUGGAUUCUCCUCCCGCGACGGCUUCAAGUCCAGCCUGACCGCGCCGUCGUUCGAGUCCGCCUGCCAGUCGGAGGCGGACUUCGCCGCCGUGUCGGAGCUGGGGCUGGAGUCGCGGGCGGACACGAUGGCGGAUGACGAGGAAGAGGACUCAUCCUACGGGGAGCUGGACAGCGAUUCCGCUUGCAGCGUGGACUCACGGCCCAGUUCCCCCGCGUGCUGCUUUGUGGACAGUAAAAGCGCCCUCUGGAAGGGUGAUUGUGGGAAACAGCGGGACAUUUUCCAGCUCGGCGGAGAGCUGGAUCUUGAGCAGAUCGAAAGGAACUGAACAUUUACUGUAGAAAGUCACAUAGAAUAUUUGAAAGGUGACUAAUGAGAUGGUAUGAAAGGGA